ACGCGAUCGACAAUGUCGAUCACGGUGAGCAACUACUGGGGCGUCAUUGCGAUCGCGAGCGUCGUGUUCGACAUCGAUGUGGGCCAGUCGCUCGACAUGGUGUACCCUGAGGCAGUGGCGCUUUCGGCUGAGGUGAAGCAGAGCAUUGCUUAUUUGGCGCUGCCGCACAGCAACAAGCUCGUCGAGGGCGACACACAAUUCUCAUUUCGAGUUCGCCGCCAAGACGCAUCAUUAAACGCCGAUAGCUGCACCAGUACCGACAGCGACGCGACGUCGUUGUCGCCUUCGUUCUACUACGGGUUCGUCCUCUUCCGCCAACGGAAAGACGCGACGCAAAGCCGUGGAUACUUUCAAAAGUCGAUGGUAGUUCUCACCGAGGUGCCAUUCGUGGGUCUAUACGAUCGCGUGCUGCGCAUCGUGGGCCCGCUAUUCUUUCAAGUGGGCAACCCACUACUACAGGCACUUUACGAGAACUUUGGUCAAUGGCCAGCUCCCGUGGCCAAUUCCACCAUGGCCCUCCAGGUGGCAGGGACCGUCGUGACGUUUGUUGUGCCCAAGACCAUAUCAUAUCAGGACGCAACGCUGUACACACGACGGUGGAGCAUUGACGACGAGUCGUUUGACGUGGAGCUUGGAGAUGUCGUUGAUGAAGCCACCGACGACGACAGGGUCGGUGCCACCACCGACAAGACGAUCAUCCAAAAUGGCAAGUUUUGCAUUGUCCACAGCACCGACGUCUCGGCGUCCGAGGCAGUGCCUCCACCUUUGUGCUUUGCCGAUUGGCUCAAUCUGAACGAGCUUGGAAUGUCGUUCGAGAGCGUCGGCCUCUAUUCGAGCUUCGAAGGCGUUGAAACGUGUCUGUGGGACCUCUGGCAGCUGGCGAUCACUGGCGACAGCGUCCUCAUGGCGUCGCCAAAUGCUCGCGUGUGCAGCCAGGCCGUACUGGCCUUCACCAGUCUCAUUGCUCCAGUUCCCUUUCGAGGAGACUUUCGACCGUAUUUUACGCUGUACGAGCCCGAUUUCAAUGUUUUGGCUAAAGCUAGCGAAUCUAACUUGGCGCUGCCCACGACAAUACUGGGCACAACGAAUCCAUUCUUCCUCAAGGCCCUCAAGCGGUGGCCGAACGCUCUCUUGUUCCCAUUUGCAGACGCGCCACCCCAACCAUCCACACAUCAAGUGGACGACUCAAGUAGCGGUGGAGCUCCCGUCACAGUUUACAAAUGCAUCAAGCGAAACGUCGACUUGGAUGUGUAUUCGGACGUUGAAUCGCCCAAGCUAUUGACGCGAACGACGCGCCUGGUCGUUCCAGACAACACGAUCCUGAGGCAGUUGGUCGAGCCUAACUCAACGGAACAAGAGGCAGCCGCCCCAGGAGAGGAGCAGCCUUACGUUUCCAUCAACAACGCACUCCUUCGAAAGCACUUCAAACACGUGACCGAGCUGUUUCUAAAGCCAUUUGAAGUGUACUUUGGAAUCUGGUCGAAUCAUUUGGGGGUACAUCCGACUCCUUACAUGGACAUUGCGUCCUUCAUGAAGCCAUUCCACGCCAAGGAAUUCCUCGCGGCGCUCGGGAAGCGGUCGCUGAAGUUGCCGUUUGCGCUGCGGACGACAAAAGCCAAGGUCAAAAUGCUGUACGCUCGGUUCAUUGCAUCGCCGCACUUCCAGCCGUGGUUCAACUACCGUCGCAACGAGUGCAUUGAAGCGUUUGAUGGCAUGCUGCACACGUUGCGAGGGACGAUCUCAUCUCAGGACCUCAUGCGGGAGCCGAGUGGCAUCGGCAUGGCCCUACCUGCCCUGUACACCCUCGCGGCCCAGAUCGACAAGAUGAUCGCCGUCGAAUCGGCCAAAGUUCCUGUCGAUGCGGCGCACCUCGAGAUUUUACACCGUCAUUUGCGCGACGUGCAGGACGCGAUAGCGAAUGGAAACCACUAGCGACCCAAUGCCAUGACUCGAGGGAACUUGGUAAAGGAUCCCUUGAGGGCGAGCUGCAUCUCCAAGGUCGAAAUCAGCCCCAGCAACGGCGUGAUCGAGUGCAGCUGCUCGUCUUCAGAAAUCGCAGAGAACGGCGGCACGUGCACGAAGUGCACGUACCUCAUCAUAUUGGCUGGAUGAAGUUUCGGCGAGGACGGGAGAUGGAGAGAUAUCGUACCUAGUUCUUCGCCGCGCGCUUCUGCGAUAUGCAAAAGCGAGAAAAAAUAUGAGUAGUUGCAAAUGUUCGACCUAGGCCAGUGGAUAAUUCGACCCUGACGCGUUGCUCCUUGAGCGUCGCCAAAUACGAUUCCACUGGCAGAUGUGUCGUGGUCGAG